AUGGCCUCGGCAGGGAAGGCACCAGAGAAGCGGCAUAACCCAGUGGAAAGCAUUUGUAGAAAAAUCAGAGCCAUCCAAAGGAGAGAAGCAAUUUCAGAUCCAAUCCAACAGAUAAUCAAGUACCAAUCCAGCAGUUUUGAUAGUCCACAAGCCAACACCAAGAAAAAUUUUGAAGAGGUACUGAGGAAAAUGGCAGCUGCUCACAUUCCUAUGCCCGACUCUCAUUUGUCAAGUUCUAGGAAGGUUGAUGCCUCCAUUUCAUCUCCUCAAAUAAUAUCUCCAAGACUCCCACCCAUUCCUCACCUCCACUCCCUUGAGACCGAGACAUACCCUGUUAUUUUCACAAGUUCUCAGAACAUCUCAAAGUCAAGGUCAGAGAGCAAGAAGAAUCACACACCUUUGAGGUCACAGAUCAGGAAAAGGGGGUUCUUCUCUAACAAGGAUUUGAAUAACUAUUGUAGAGAAAAUAAUUCUGGUGCCUCCACACUUGACUUCAACUCUGGUCAAAGCUCUGAAUGUUCCAAUCCACGGGAUUCAGUGGUGAAGAAAUUAUCUCUGGAUGAAGAUGGAUGGAAACAAGGAGUCAGUGAUGGCAAAGAAAAUACAACAGACAGCAUCAGCAGGACCCAGGAAGAAGAGGUGCUCACAAGUAUUUUUUAUGCAUGUGACACAAAACACAAAGGUUCAGUAGGAGUGGCCAAAAUAAUGAAUUAUCUGAGACAAACAAGCAGCCAAGACUCGGAAGACAGUGGCCUUGAGGAGCUGUGGAAUGUGCUUGAUCCUGAGAAGAGAGACCCCCAGGUGGAUCUGGAAACUUUCCAGGCCGUCAUGAGAGAAUGGAUGGCUUCCUGUGGAAACAAAUGGGAAGGAAUGAGCAGGAGAUUGAGCAGCAGCAUUGACGAUUCUGUUUUUGAACAACCGGACAGCAUAAAAUCAGGUGGCGCACUUAAGACGACCAUAGGCAUGACCGAUUCUAUGGCAAGGAGCUUCGAGGCUUUGGGUGGAGACCUGACUAAAGGAGUCUUAGACGUGUCCGAUUUGAUCGCCUGUGUAGCGGACCUCCAUUUCAACAAGCAGAAAUUGGAAGAGGAAAAUAAUAAGAUAAAGUUGGCAUUAGAAACUUUGGAAGAAACUAAUAGCCAGUUAUCAGAGGACUGUGCAGAAUUGCAGCUUCAGAUUAAAAGUGCCCACCAGGCUAUUAUGAGAACAAAUCUGUUAAAAGAAGAACUGGAGGAACUGAAACUUAGCAUGAACGCUUCCGAAGAGCAGAAGGCCAUGACGAUAGCCCAGAACAAACAAUUAGAGAUAGAAAACCGGGCUCUGAUCCUUAAGAUUCGUAUUCUACAGGAAGAGAACAUUAAGAGCGUUGUGGAUAUAGAUAGACUGGAAAAGAGGAUUGAGGAAUUGUCUAAGACCGAGGCAGAACACCAAAUGCAGUUACACACAUACGAGAACAUUUUACUUAAUAAAGAUGCAAGUUUGCAGAAGAAGGAUUUACGUAUAGAAGAACUUAAGUCAACCAUCAUAGAAUGUGGAAGCAUUAUAGAGAAUUUACGAGGUGAUAAAAAUAAAUUGGCUCAAGAAUUACAGCACUUGCAACAGGAGCUCAUCGUAAAUGAGAUCCAAUGGGAUGUUAGUGGACAACCUAAGAGUCUCAUCUCCGAAGAAAAAUCCCUACAUUAUGAACUCCUUCUUGCUCAGUCUGAAGAGAACAAAGGAACCGAGUGGCAGUGCAGUUUAAUCCUCUUGUCAUCUCUGGACGUGAUCGUGGACCAAAUGCUGCUGUUACUGGGAGAACCUGGGCAGAGGGGCGUAGAAUUCACAGCUGCGCUUCAGAAACUGCAUGAAGAAGUUUCUGAAGUUGAAACUCUCAUUGGUAAAUCCCUACAGUGGGUAAAUAAUCCAGAAAUUACUAUGGAAGAAAAGUGGGAAAAACAGCUCACCGAAUUCAAACAUCUCAUGGAAGAGAAGCUAAACCUUUGGAUACUAAUGCUGAACAGCUUGGAAAACCACAAGGCAUCUCUUGAUAAAGAGUUUGUCAAAUUCAUAGAGAUUUUGAAGAGACUGAGGCUGGAAUAUUUUUAUUUCAGAAACGAAUUUCUUUCCAGUCAGAAACAAGUAGAAACCAUUAAACAACUGCAAGAAGAUGCUGUCAGCCAGGAAGCCAUCCUCAGGAAGAGGCUCCAGGAAGCCGGCCAACGGCUGGCAGACACCGAGGAACAGGUAGGCUGGCCCUGGGCUACGUUAUAUUCCCGGCAAGUCUCCUCCGAUGAAACAAAAAUGGAGGAGGAAGAACAACAAUUAAAAAAAAUAAUAAAACAAAGAGGAACUGUGAAGUUCAGUCCCUAG